AUGGCUCUCCUUGUUGACAGGCUUCGGCCUAAAACCCUCGAUGCACUUACAUAUCACCAAGAUCUCUCAGCUCGCCUAAAAGCUUUGGCACAAAGCGGUGAUUUCCCCCACCUCCUCGUCUAUGGACCAUCUGGCGCAGGGAAAAAGACCAGGAUAAUUGCUACUCUUAAAGAGCUAUAUGGGCCUGGUGUUGAGAAAAUAAAGAUCGACGCCCGAGUGUUCCAGACCAGCAGUAACCGGAAACUCGAAUUUAACAUUGUCUCCUCGAUAUACCACCUCGAACUUACACCGUCGGAUGUGGGGAACUAUGACCGUGUCGUUGUUCAGGAACUCCUCAAGGAAAUAGCGCAGACACAGCAAGUUGAUCAAUCUGCCAAACAGCGGUUCAAGGUGGUGGUGAUCAAUGAGGCAGACCAUCUUACCAGAGAUGCUCAGGCGGCACUAAGAAGGACCAUGGAGAAAUACAGUCCCAACAUGCGAUUGAUUUUACUCGCCAAUACUACUGCCAAUAUCAUUGCUCCGAUUCGAUCAAGAACACUGCUUGUCCGGGUAGCUGCUCCAUCUGAAGAAGAUAUCUGUCAGGUUCUAAAACUAGCUGGAAAGAAGGAGGGCUGGAACGAUUGCCCUGGGCUUAACAAGCGACUGGCUAAGGAGAGCGGGAGGAAUCUGCGCCGAGCUCUAUUAAUGUUUGAAGCUGUUCAUGCGCAGAAUGAGAAAGUUUCAGAUAAUACACCAAUCCCUCCACCGGAUUGGGAGGCACUGAUAUCUGUGGUAGCUGAUGAGAUCAUGGCGGAAAGGUCUCCUGCCAGAAUCCUUCAAGUCAGAGCCAGACUGUACGAUCUACUGACCCACUGUAUACCGCCAACCACCAUUUUAAAGACCCUCACCUUCAAACUAAUACCAAAAAUUGAUGAUGCUUUGAAGCCUGAGGUGAUUAAAUGGUCGGCCUUCUAUGAACAUAGGAUAAAACUUGGAAGUAAAGUUAUAUUUCACCUUGAAGCCUUUGUUGCAAAGUUUAUGAGGAUACUUGAAAGUUAUUUGAUGGGUCUCGAUUUUUAG